AUGUACCCGACUCCACAGAGAGAUCCCGGGCGGACGUUCCCUCCUCCGCCGCCAACCAUGUCACCUCCCGUUCAAGGACAGAUGGGCGGCAUGAUGAACAUUCCUCCCCCGCCUCCACGAUACCCAAGCGCGCCGACGACGACCAACGGUGUAAUACUACCUCCACCGCCCGGUCCUCCUCCAAACAGUGCUAUGGGACCACACCCGCCGUGGCAAGGUAGUUGGGGUCGCACAUAUGAUGGACGUCCCGGCUUCCACAUACCGCCUCCGCCGGCUGGUGGCCCAGCAGCGUACAAUCCGAAACUACUACAUCACCAGGCUUCGAAUAACAAUCUGGCGAUACCUCCACCCCCGCCGCCGAAUAACGACCACUCGACCGGCACGUACCGACCCGGGAACGAUAACAAUGAGGCAUUGGUGUCCGCUACAUACAUACCGGGAGGGGAUAGCUACGGAGAGGGGGUUGGAAUACCGGGCUUCUUUCCCGACGACUCGUCCACAUACUCGGCAGCAUCGCAGAGCACAUGGCCCAGUGCGAGUUAUAUCAGCGGCAACAGCACCGCCAUCACGACGCCAGCCGAAGAUGGCGGCCCUCGAGGCCUGUACGCGAACGCGUUCCAAAACAGAAUGACGUCCACAACAUCAAACUCAACCGUUGCGAACUCCGAGGUUCCUCCAGAAAUGGCGGCGAAAUGGCCACUUGAUCAUGUCUUAUUGUGGUUAGCCGCCAAUGGCUUCUCCAAAGACUGGCAAGAGACGUUUAAAGGACUGAACAUUCACGGAUCGCAUUUCCUCGAGCUUGGGAGCCAACGGGGAGGCCGCGGCAACUUUGGCAUGAUGCAUCAGGUCGUAUAUCCCCGAUUGAUUCAGGAAUGCACGGCCAGUGGCACCGGGUGGGAUCCAACAAGAGAACGAGACGAGGGGAAGAGAAUGCGCCGCCACAUCAGGAGUUUAGUCACUGGCAAACCUUUGGAGGGAUCAAAGAAUCAGUCAUCUCAUGCCACGAAAGAUUCUUUCAGCGGUGCGCACUCCCAGAAUGCCGGGACUGACAUUGAGUCUCCGAGCACUCCCCUCAAGUCAAACGGCCCCGGGUCAGUUUCGCGAAGGUUCUCGGCAACAAGGUCGACGACCAUGCCAACCCUCAGCGGCACAAUGACCACCGAGACGAAUCAUCGCGCCAUGUUGAAGAAUAUCGAUAUCGAUAGCAGCCGAAAGCCGAGUCCAAGUACGAGUGAGUUUGGCGACAGCAGCAUCCGAAGGCAGAGUCCAGGCGCGAGUCCCAAGCUUUCGACCGCGCUUUUCCCUCCUUCACCCUCUCACAGGCUCGGGUUCCAUAAAUCCAAGGGCAGCACCGACUCCCUUUCAUCAAGUGCGGCGAUAUACGGUUCUGGCGUACCACCUGAAGCCGGCCAGCUCCUUCGGAAUGCUCAAAGUGGUAGCGCCAUUGGUGACAUGAUUCAUGCCAGUCGCAAUGAUGCACGGCGGCUGGGCAACGACAGUAACCGCAUAUCACCCUUGGAAUCAUAUAGUGCCGAGCCCUCCUCGGCGAAGGAUAGCAAGAGCUUUUUGAGCUUCUUGAGAAAAAAGAAGCAUAGGGAUGACGAUGACGAUUCCCCUACAAACACGAGUCCGAGCAUGGCCAAGCCCCAAUCGGCGGGCAGCCCAUAUGAAGCAUCGUUGGAUAGCGCCCUGGGCCACCCGAUGGGAGCUUUGAUGGACAAUGCGCCAACGUUCAGCAGAUCAAACCAGCCGAGGACGUUUAUCCUCGUUACAAGUGACGGCUGGACUUAUCGAAUGUGUGACGUUACUGAUUGUGACUCGGCAGCCGACCUGCGAGCCAACAUUUGCUUCAAUAUGGGCCUCCCAGAUCCGGGGCUGCUUCAGGUCUUUCUGACCGAGAUGGGUCGAGCCAAUCACGAUGAGGCCUUGGAAGACCAGAGUCUCUGGAUUCACAAGCGCAACCAGGGAGAUGCACACGGGUCCCUGAAGCUUUUCGUCAAGUACGGAGGUUUGAAUAAUGAAGCUGCGGACGUCCCUUCAUUGCUCGCCCCGGGUUACCAGAACACCAUGGACGGGGAUACCUAUGCCCGCCUCAACGGUCAACGCGCGAGGUCAAGCUCGUCUCCACCUACAUCGCGAAGUAACACCCUCAUGGGCGAUUCUCGCUCAAACGACGAGCAACUGGCAACGAAGGCUGAAGAUUACCGAAUCAGGAUGGAGAAACAGCAGGCGGCAUACCUUGCUGAGAGGCAGCAAGCUCUCAACAAAUCUUCGCCCCAAGAAGUGUCGCCGGGAGUCGGCAUAGUGGGCAGGAAUGUGGAUUUCGAUCAACCUCGAAUGUCCCCGUACGAGGAAAAGAAACAGGACAAUCUCUUACCACAGCGGCGAGCGCCAGCACCGCCCGGUGUCGAGACUGCCACGCUGAUCAAGGCAAACUCACUGAGUAGGAGGUCAGGUCACAACUUGAGACUGUCCCAGGGGAGUUUUGACGGUGUUCCCAGUCCAAGAAGACCUGCUACGUCCACUGGGUCAUACGACAACAGCCAGGAGAUGGCCCAGAAACGGUCCGGCGUUACUUCGCCUCCGGCUGGAUCUGCCUUAGGGGCUAUGUUGAAUAUAGGAAGCGCCUGGGGCAGACUUGGCCGCCCAAGCGCUGGUCAAGGACAGCAACGCGCCCCUUCGCCGAACCGGAAUAGUUCUGGACCUUCCGCUGGGACGGAAUACUUGGAACCAAAAGGUAAGGGAGCACUGGCCAGCGUUGACUUCGGUCAGUCUGUCUCGGGCCGCAGUAGUCCACGAUCUGGUUCGCCUGGUUCUCUUACCUGGAGCCGUGGUGAUGUACCAUUUGUCGUUCCGGACUACUCGCCUGGUGGCACCCCAAUCCUCAGUACCCGGAACAAACCACCCCAGCUUGAAUCAUUUGCUAAACUGCGUCAAACAGCACAACGAGCGCCUUCGCCCAGUGAUCUCAGUCCCAGUACUGCCCAUCCCAGUGCUGCCCCGUCCGGAUUAUCACGUACCACUAGCACGCGCCCGAAAUCUCACGGCCCGGACGUGGAUUUCAUGGACACGGAUGUACAAUUUGCCAGACUCACGGAGUCCGCUGAUCGGGAUAAUGAUGACUCCGAUAACGACUCAGAUGAUGGACUGUUCGCCAUUCCUAUGAGGGGUAGGCAGCCAUCGGUCAAGGCCGUGCGCAAGUCGAAGAGCAUCCGAGACAGUGACUCCGAUGCGAGCGGCAAGAAACCAAGCCUGAGAGUCAAGACUUCAAGGUCUAGGAAAAAUCUGUCCGUUUCUUUCGGCGGCUCCCCUGGCGCUGUCAAGACGCCAGAUCUCGAAGACGACGAGGAGAGCAUCCGGAGCGGUCGCAGUUCUCAUCGCCGCACUCCUGCGACACCUGGCUCGGAGCAUUGGCAAUCGGAUGAUAGCAAGGUCAACCGGCGCAAGUCAUUCAUUGAGCGUGAUGUGUGGGCCAACCGUCCUCCUCCCGAGGCCCUGCUGAGCAACCUCGAUGCCUUCUUCCCGGAGCUCGAUCUUGAUCAGCCGGUGCUUGAUGAAGCUGUACUGCAGGACCUAGCGUCGCCUGUAUCCCCGAUUUCCGAACAGGAGGAGCUGGGAGGCAACGUCCGAGUUGAGGUUGCGACUCCUCCUGAUAACAAUGCUGAAGGUAGAACGUUCUACAAUGAGAGCGACACCCUCGGCUCAGAUGAGUCCACGCUCAAAGCACUUGAGCGUCCAGCUUCCAUCGCUUCGAGCGCUCGUCGAAGCAUGCGUCGGUCUGGUGGUCUCGGUCGCAUGAAGUCCAUCAGAGAAGUCGCACGUGGUGCCCAUGAAGCGAAUAAGCGAUUCACUACAUCUUCAGCUGGUGGUGGAGGGGCGUCGUCUAUGGUACAGCGACGCAAGAGCACCAAGAUGUUUGGUGCCAAUGUCGUCCAGAUCCGACCCGACCGGGGUUCAAUAGUCAUGCCCCCGAUUCCACAAGACAUUCUGCCUAAGCGUCAAACUACCUUCCGAUGGUUCAAGGGUGAGCUGAUUGGCAAAGGAACGUACGGUCGUGUGUACCUUGGCAUGAAUGCGACGACGGGUGAGUUCUUGGCCGUCAAGGAAGUGGAAGUCAACCCCAAGGCCGCUGGCGGAGACAAGAACAAGAUGAAGGAGCUUCUCGCCGCUCUUGACCAAGAGAUCGAUACCAUGCAGAACCUCGAUAACGUCAAUAUUGUGCAGUACUUGGGUUGUGAGAGGAAGGAGACGAGUAUCAGUAUCUUCCUCGAAUACAUUUCUGGUGGCAGUAUCGGAUCCUGCCUGCGAAAGCACGGCAAGUUCGAGGAGCCGGUCGUCAGCUCCCUCACUCGGCAGACACUGUCUGGCCUCGCGUACCUCCACCGGGAAGGCAUCCUUCAUCGCGACCUGAAGGCCGACAACAUCCUGCUGGACGUGGACGGCACGUGCAAGAUCUCAGACUUUGGUAUCUCCAAGAAGACGGAUGACAUAUACGGCAACGACAAGACCAACUCGAUGCAGGGCUCGGUGUUCUGGAUGGCGCCCGAGGUGAUCCGGUCACAGGGCGAGGGCUACAGCGCCAAGGUAGACAUAUGGAGUCUGGGCUGCGUGGUGCUCGAAAUGUUCGCUGGACGCCGUCCCUGGAGCAAGGAAGAAGCUGUCGGCGCCAUCUACAAGAUCGCCAACGGUGAGACGCCACCCAUUGCGGACGACGUCCGCGAGGCUAUCAGUCCGUAUGCGCUUGGGUUCAUGUUGGACUGCUUUACUGUUGACCCGAGAGAUCGGCCCACGGCCGAACGUUUGCUUAGGCGGCACGAAUUCUGCGCUCUCGACGACGAUUACAAUUUCUUCGAUACCGAGCUUUAUUCUAAGAUUCGGGGGACGUUUAGUAGUUAG